CCAAAAAUUCAAGUUUAUAUUUUCACAAUUUUAAAAGAUGAUGAAUUUAUAACAGGUGACAAAAAGAAGGUAUUGAAUAGAGAACAAGAGAAAGUAUUUGGAAAAUAGAUAUGAUAUUGCAAAAUUAAAAACUUACUAGAUACCAGGUGCUCAGCACAGUCACCCUGCUCACAGGGUUCUAACAGAACCUAAACACAGCUCACCAGCCACCCUGGCCCACUGACCCUGGACCUGAGCUUCCCACCCACUGACCUGUAGUGGACCCCGCUUCUGGUCCCAUCCAUGAGCUGCCCUCAGGCCAGAGCCCACCUAAUGGCUCCCCGCUAGCCUACUCCGAUGACGCCCAUGGGUCCCCGCCAUUGACUUGGCCUCUGGCCACCCUUGCUGCCCACCAUGGGGAUGCUCCGAGGCCACUGCCACCUGCGGCCCCACCGCCAGCUAUCACGUGCUGCCUUCACCUUCCUGCUGGUGCCACCAACCAUGUCCGCUCCGCCACCAUGGCAGGUGCACCAGAACUACGACCCCAACUGCAAGGCCACUGUCAACAGGCACAUCAACCUGGAGCUGCACGCCUCCAACAUGUACCUGUCCACGGCCUUCUACUGGGAGCACAACGACAUGGCCUUGGAGCGUUUUGCCCAGUUCUUCCUGCGCCAGUCCCAUGGGGAGAGGGAGCCCACUGAGAGGUUGGUGCACCUGCAGGACCAACAUGGGGACCGCCUGCACCUCCGUGACAUAAGGACGCCCGACUGAAAUGACUGGGAGAGCAGCCUGAGGGCCGUGGAGGGCACCUUGGUCCUGCAGAAGCGCGUGAACCAGAGCCUGCUAGAUUUGCACUGCCUGGCACCGCCGAGGGAGACGUGCACCUGUGAGUUCCUGCACCGUCACCACCUGCACCACCAGGUCAAGGCCAUCGAAGAGCUGAGGGACCAUCUCGCCAGCCUGCACAAGAUGGAGGCCCCAGAAGCCAGCCCUGCAUAGUACCUCUUUGACAAGCUCACCCUGGACAACAGUGACAAAACUGAGGGGACUGCCUUCCCCAUAGCCAUGGGCAGUUCCCCCUGGUCACUAUGCCGAGCGGUCUUAUUGCAUGACUGCCCUUGCAAAGCAUCCACUUCAGUUUUUCCUUCCAGUAUUGCCAUUUCUCCCAAUGAAGUUAUUUGGUUCCUAAUAAAUAAAGGUCUC